UAACAAACCACCCACUUAUUUUGAAGCCUGCCGUUUAGGAGUCACGAGAAGUUUAACGGUUAGAGAAGCUCAAGGAAAAUGACACAAAUGAACCGGAUGAAAACGGCUUCACUGGAGUGGUUCUGACAAGCAGACGACGCCCGCUUGUAUCACAGGUGCCGUCCCGUACUUUGUUAGCCCACCUGCACUCGGGGCGGCUCGAGGAACCGCUGUGGUUGCUAGCGAAGCUCGUUAGCCGCUAACCACCGAAGCUAGCGAGCUAACUAGACGAAUCGCCCGACCAAGUGGCGGGCGUGAAGCUAACCACGUCAAGGCUGGUUUUGGAGGGCUGGUUGGCUGAAUUUAUUCCGUUGAGGAGUUUAUUUCCGCCCUUCUUCUACAGUGCUGCUCUUCUUCCCCGUUUCAUUGUGUCGGAGCGUCCUGACUGCAUGCACGCAUGCUAGCAACUGCCACAACUGGCUAGCGUAAGCUAAAGUGGCAGUUUUUGUUUUUGUUUUUGACGCUGUCGCCGGUACGAGAUUUCGGAACGCGGUUGUGUCACCAUGACGCGUGGUUAUUAAGUGGACUUUUUAAAUGUCGUGCAGCCCCUCUAGGAGAACCAGACGCGGAGCAUGCAGGAGAAGAAGAGAGUCCAGAUAAGUAGAUAGGGGACGCGACCGAGUUAAACUGGACUGCGGAGUCGAUUCGCCUCUGAUUAGGGAUUGCAUUUUGGUUGGCCCUGACAGAGAAAGGAAAGGAUGAAGAAGUUUUCGAGAAUGCCAAAGUCUGAGAGCGGUGGGCUCGGAGGGGCAUCCGGGUCCAGCUCCAGCUCCGGAGUCAGCAGCUACUUCGGGAAAGUGUUUUCAGUCGGCCGGUACCAAGUCACCGUGGAGGAGCUUGUUGCAGAGGGAGGCUUCUCUGUGGUGUUUCUGGCUCGUACGCACAGCGGUGUACGCUGUGCUCUCAAAAGGAUGUACGUCAACAAUGUCCCGGACCUGAAUGUCUACAAGAGAGAGAUCACUAUCAUGAAAGAGCUGUCGGGCCAUAAGAACAUCGUUGGUUACCUGGACUCUACGAUCAGUCCUGCGUCAGACAGCGUGUGGGAGGUCCUGAUCCUUAUGGAGUACUGUAAAGCGGGGCAGGUAGUGAAGCAAAUGAACCAGCGGUUAAACGUGGGCUUCAGCGAGGCUGAGGUCCUCCACAUCUUCUGUGACACGUGUGAGGCCGUGGCCCGCUUGCACCAAUGCAAAACGCCCAUCAUCCACAGAGACCUUAAGGUUGAGAAUAUCCUGCUGAAUGACCAAGGAAAUUAUGUGCUGUGCGACUUUGGCAGCGCCACUCACAGAGUUUUACUGCCACAGAAGGACGGCGUGGCUUCUGUGGAGGACGAGAUUAAGAAGUACACAACCCUUUCUUACCGCGCGCCGGAGAUGAUUAACUUGUAUGCAGGAAAAGCCAUCACCACUAAGGCUGAUAUAUGGGCACUUGGAUGCUUGUUGUACAAGCUGUGUUUCUUCGCACUUCCAUUUGGGGAGAGUCAAGUCGCCAUAUGUGAUGGAACCUUUAUUGUUCCAGAUAACUCCAAAUUCUCCUUCAAGUUGCACUGUUUAAUCAGAUAUAUGCUCGAACCAGACCAGGAGAAGAGACCUGACAUUUACCAAGUGUCCUAUUUUGCCUUCAAAUUAGCUGGAAAAGACUGUCCAGUGCCAAAUCUCUUCAACUCUCCCAUCCCGACGUCACUCCCUGAGCCUCUGACAGCCAGCGAGGUCGCUGCUAAGAAGAGCUUGACGAAAGCCAGGAUCACAGACUCUGUGGGCCCAACGGAAACAUCGAUAGCUCCCAGACAGCGGCCAAAGGCUGCAAACAGUAAUGUCCUGCCGCUCACUAACACUGUCACCCCUGUCAAGAUGACCGUGCCUUCAGCACCCGUCAGCAACGGCCAGAAAGCUCCCACUCCUGGCUCUGGGCAACCAUCCAUACAGUCUCAGCCUCAGCAACAGCCUCAGCCACAGGCCAGCAGUCAACAACACAGAGUCCUGCAGCAGCUACAACCUGGUGAUUUGCGUCUGCAGCAGCUACAACAGCAUCACCACCACCAGGCAGUGCAGCAACAACAUGCAAAUGCACAUCAACUCCAAUACCUCCAGUACCAACAGGCUGUGCAGCAGUCGCUUCAGCUUCAGCAGCAGCAGCAGCAACAGGCCAUGCUCCAGCAACAGCAGCAGCAACAGGCCAUGCUUCAGCAGCAGCAACAACAGGCCAUGCUCCAACAGCAGCAGCAGCAGCAGAUGAUGUAUCAGCAGCAGGUUGCUCAGGCUCAGUACGCCGCCAUGCUGCAACAGUACCAACAGGCUUUUGUCCAGCAACAACAGCAGCAUCAGCAACAUCAUCAACAACAUCCACAGCAGCAGCAGCAUCAUCCUGCUCAGCAGCCUCUCCCCUAUAUGUCUUCCCCUCUUGAGUUCCAAAUCCCUCUGGGUUCCUACAAUGCGACCACACCCACCACAGGAACUGGAGCUGGUACUUGCCAGAUGGGGGGGCCAUCUCCUGUAGAUCCCUCAUACACUAACCCCAGGAACCCUCUGCUGUCCACAGAUGGGGUCACCCCUCCUUUGCAGAGCUGCAGCAGUGCAGUCAGCAACCCUCCCGAUAUGUCAGGCUGGAACCCUUUCGGAGAGGACAACUUUUCUAAAUUGACCGAGGAGGAGCUGCUUGACCGGGAAUUUGACAUGCUCAGAGCAAAAAAGCCAGCGGAGAGGACAACGAGCGUGGAAACUGACCGACCGCCGCCUGCCGCAGCCAAGCCCCUUCCUCCAGAGGAUCUCUUCGGCUCAGUCCCAUUUGUGGCCAACGCAGGUACCAGUGCGCAGAAGGCCGAGCCGACCAGCAAGGAGGUCGGCGUUCCUGAACCUGCUGAGAGUCUGCAGCCGACCCACAAGGAGCACAAACCGAGCAGGAAGACCAACUGCAGGCCUGGCGACGAGUCCGACAGCGACUUCGAGUCUGACCCUCCUUCACCUAAGAGCAGCGAGGACGAAGAGCCGGAGGAAGAGGAGGCGUUGAACAGCGAGCAUGGUGAAGACACCGAGCCAGAGAAUUUUGGACAGAGGCCUUUGCUGAUGGACUCUGAGGAGGAGGGAGAGGAGGAUGAAGACAAACACAGCUCAGAUUCAGACUAUGAUGCCAGCAGGGUGAAGAACCGCUCAAAGAAACCUGCAGGAGCUAAAGGAGCGACUGCUGCCACCAGGAGUCCUCCUUCUGGGAUGGCUCUGAUCACGCCCCCAGAGUCCCCUGGUGGAGUGAGAGCUGUGGAGCCUGUGGAUGUUUUUGGUGCCGUGCCCUUUGUCGGAGGAGCUUCACCUGUGGAACCUCCAGAGGUCACCGAUAUCUUCACUAAAGCGCCUUUCAAGGUCGGCCAUGAGCAGCAGGCGGCAGACGAGUUUGACGUUUUUACCAAAGCGCCGUUCAGCCGGAACCUCUCGAGGUCGAGCAGGAGUGGCGGUGACGUCCCCAUGGGCCAAACGCCGCCAGUUUCUCCUGAGGGCAUCGAUGUUUUUGGCUUCUCUCCCUUCCAGCCAAGCCCCACCGCCCAACCUCCCACCACCUCCAGAAGUGCCGAAGACAUCUUCCGGACGCCCUUCGAGGAGUCGGCGAGUCCUCAGCAGCAGAGGCUGAAGCAGCGCAGCCUUCAGAAGCUGUCAUCCCGCCAGCGGAAGACCAAACAGGAAGCCACGGCUGGGGGCAGCAACGGCAAGCGGCACCACGGCACACCGACGGGAGGGCGCAAGACUAACAAGCCGACCUAUCGCACGCCCGAACGAGUCCGCAGACACAAGAAGGUCGGCCGCAGAGACUCGCAGAGCAGCAACGAGUUCCUCAGCACCUCUGACUCUAAGGAGAACAUCAGUGUGGAUAUAACGAUGGCCGAGGGAGCGUCUCUGCCGGUGGACGACGCCCUUUUAGACCCGUUUGGAGCCAAACCCUUCCACCCUCAGGACGGCGGCCGACACAGCCAGUACCAAGGCCUCAGCGACGGAAAAGGCGACAUCAGCACGGCCAACGGUAAGUCCUGGACGGGCUCUCUGCACGGAGAGAGCCGAAUCAUGGAUGACUUCGGGGCGGUGCCCUUCACAGAACUGGUCAUCCACAGUGGACCUCAGCAGCAGGCGGCGCCCUCACAGCCGCUGGACCUCGACCCCUUCGGAGCCGCACCUUUCCCCUCAAAGCAGUGACUCCACCUGCGUCUUCCCGCUCUGUCGGCUGCUUUCCUUUUCUUGGUUUGGGAUCAUUUUUAACCAACAAGCUAAAACUUUUUUCUAAGAGCGUUUUAAUACACCAGAGUCUGGAUAACAAACCCUGUGGAGUGCGAGUGGCGUUUCCACAUAUCCUUCAGCUGCACAUGUUUUUGAAAAGCCUUUAAUGCUGCAUCUGAACGCUGUUUGGAACCAAAAGAAAAAUGUGAUUCUGAGCUUCGCGUUCGACCGCUCGUCUUGCUGUGAAAAGCUCUCUCCGGCCCGCCUUCUGAUCUGCCGACAUGUUUUUGUUUUUAGCACCACGAAGCCUUACCUGAGCUCGGCUCUGCCUUGCUUCAUAGUACCUCGGAAACCACGACGCCGUCAGCCUCGCGCGUCUUUUGAAAUCAUUUGGGAGUUUUCCUGAACCUCUUAGUUCUGUCUUUAUUAGAUUCUUCUCUAUGCAUAAUGUCACAGUAGUCUUUAUGCAGCUAAAUGUGGGUGUGGUUUGUGAUGCAUUAGAAGGGAUUGAAUCUUGUUCUUCUUCUUGGAGCUCUUAAUUGGGUCAGGUUUAAAUUUAGGAUCUUAACUCUUUUUUUUCUAGCAGUAAGAACUCUAAUUGUUUUUUAUUUUUUUUAAGUAAGUUACAACUCAACAUUUCUCUGUUAGAAAUAAAACACACAAAGCCACGUUAGAGGACUAGUUUAGGAUUUAUGAGCCCUGCAGAAGCUGUACCGCUGUUUUCCCAGCAUUGUCACUGACCUCGGCAUUUUACGUCAUCGGGAAUUUCACCGUUGGUAAACUGAUAGGUUUGCAGGUUUAGUGUGAACAAGUCCCAUGAAAGAACUAAAGCCAGUCAAGUGUUUCAAGUAAUUUUCGCUCCAACCCCAAAGUUUGUAGCUGUUACAGGUGCAUGUGAGACUGGCUCACAUUAGCUGCUCUGUGAAGGUGCUUGUUGUACAUUUGUAUAUUUAAAAGUAGCGUAAAAGCUUUAAAAUUGACUAAAAAUGUCACCAGAAUGUGAAGAAAUAACUGCUAUGACAAAAAGGACUUUGUUGUGCAGAAGCGAUAUCAACUGAAGUUGAAUUAGAGCCGGGCUGUACUUUCAUGUAAUACCAAUCAGCACCACAAGAUGGUGCCGUGAGUCAAUGUACCAGAAUUAAAAUGUAAAAACCUCUUGAGAAAAUUGGGGGUAUGAAUUAAGAAGAAAGGGUGAAAUAACAGUGCGACUUCAGAUAAACCCGACUUGUUUCUCUUGGGUUUUCAUUUAACCCCGUCUGUGAGCGCAGCCCCACUCAAACCAGUUUUUACCAGUUUGAGAGCAGUAGUUUGGUGUUUGAACAGUACGGUUUUCCUUUCCAAGCUUUAAAUAAUUCAUAUUUAGAGGCGCUGCUUUAAAGCUCAUCUUUGUAGCCAGGAGGCAUAAAAAAAUUAGAAAACAGCACACGAUUAGUUUGUUUUUCAGGCUAGGAGUGGAACUUUUGGUUAUUUUGUAGCCGUUUGAUAAUUAAAACUGUCCUUUAUGUUUAAAGAAAUAAAAUCCCACAUAAAAAUCUUAACUGGUUAAAACAGUUUUCAUACAGUCCAUGUUUUUGUGCUGACUGAUUUAUGGUGCUGACCAACAAGUUAUUUUGCCUGCUUCACCAUCAUAUGUGGAUAAUUCCUGUAAAUGAGCUUAUGGAGUAGAUUUAACUAUAAAUACAGAAAGAAGAGUGGCAUGGAACUUUUUCCGCCUCCUUAAAAUAUCAGACUGCUCUUUUAAAAGCAAAAUUCCUCAUGGCGUUUUAUUAAGGACCCUACAGUAAUACAGGCCGGGGAGCAGAUUCAGACUGUGAGGGAAAAACGAUGCGUUGGAUGAUUCGAUGUUUGGUUCUGCAG